AUGCGGCCCGCACGGGCAGGGCGCUCCCCUCAGCGAGCGGGGAGCGGCAGCGGGCGCUGGGAGGGAAGGAGUGAAAGCAACAAGGGGAGGGAAAAGAGAGAAAAGAGCAAAAGGAGGGAAAAGAAGGAGGGGACGGAAAAGAAGGAGGGGAGGGAAGGGGCGGGCAGGAUGCCACGGGGAUGGGCUCCGCCCGUGCGCGCACUCGCGCCGCUCUUUUGGCUCUCGGGCCGCGCCGUAGCGCUCCCGGGAGAGAGCGGCAUUGUGCGGCCUCCGGCCCGCUCCGCGCAGGCGCCGGGCCCCAUUCCCCGCCUGGCGGACCCGGACCCGCCGCCGCCGCCGCCGCCGCCGCGUCCCCCCUCCCCUCCCGCGGCCGCGCUCCUCCCUCGCCGCGGAGGAGGCGGCGGCCGCCCCCCUUUUUCCCCAUCCCCAUCCCCCGGUAAGUCACCGAAAGAACCAGAGGGGCGAGGCGGCGGCGUCGGCUCCUCUCCUUUCCUCUCCCCGUCUGCUCCUCCUCGUCUCCCGCACCGCCCGGGGCUCUCCUCCCGCUCCGCCGUUGCCCGCGCGCGCCGCCGCCGCCUCCCCUCAGGCAGCGCGCGCGGAGCCCGCCCGCUCCCCCCCACCCCCCCCACCCACCCCGGGCCCCUCCGCGCGCGCCCUGCCCGCCCCCCCCCCCACCUUCCCCUCACCCCCUCCCCACAUUCUCGGGGUCCCCCCUCCACAUUCCCGAGCAUUCCAGAGCGAGGGAAGGGCCUCUCGGGGCCGGGGGGGCUCGGGGAGGUGUUAUCGGUACCGCGGGAGGGGAUGCGCCCCCCCGGGCAUGGAGCCCAGGCGGGCCCGGCAGCGACGCUGCUGCGGUGGUUUGGGUUUGGCUGCUGCCGAGUUGCGAGAUGA